AUGGCCCAGCUAUACUACAAAAAGGUCAACUUCUCCCCGUACCGAGACCGGAUCCCACUGCAGAUCGUGCGGGCGGAGGCAGAGCUCUCGUCGGAAGAGAAAGCCUACCUCAGUGCUGUGGAGAAGGGGGACUAUGCCAGCGUGAAACAUGCCCUGCAGGAGGCAGAGAUCUACUACAACAUCAACAUCAACUGCAUGGAUCCUCUGGGGCGCAGUGCCCUCCUCAUAGCCAUAGAGAAUGAGAACCUGGAGAUCAUGGAGCUGCUGCUGAGCCACAGCGUCUACGUGGGGGACGCGCUGCUCUACGCCAUACGGAAGGAGGUAGUGGGAGCUGUGGAGCUGCUGCUCAAUUACAGGAAGCCCAGUGGUGAAAAACAGGUUCCAACGCUGAUGAUGGACACCCAGUUUUCAGAGUUCACCCCAGAUAUCACCCCCAUCAUGCUGGCGGCUCACACCAACAACUACGAGAUCAUCAAACUGCUCGUCCAAAGGCGGGUGACCAUCCCACGCCCGCACCAGAUCAGGUGCAACUGUGUGGAAUGUGUCUCCAGCUCCGAGGUGGACAGCCUGAGGCACUCCAGGUCGAGGCUGAACAUCUACAAAGCCUUAGCCAGCCCUUCGUUGAUUGCCUUAUCGAGCGAGGAUCCCAUCCUGACCGCCUUCCGCCUGGGCUGGGAGCUGAAGGAGCUGAGCAAGGUGGAAAAUGAGUUCAAGGCUGAGUAUGAAGAGCUGUCCCAGCAGUGCAAGCGUUUUGCUAAGGACCUUUUGGACCAAGCACGGAGCUCCCGGGAGCUGGAGAUCAUUCUCAAUCACAGGGAUGAUCAGAGCGAGGAGCUGGAUCCCCAAAAGUGUCAUGAUUUGGCAAAGCUGAAGGUAGCAAUAAAGUAUCACCAGAAAGAGUUUGUUGCUCAGCCAAACUGCCAGCAGCUGCUAGCAACGCUGUGGUACGACGGCUUUCCAGGCUGGAGGAGGAAACACUGGGCAGUGAAACUCCUGACCUGUGUCACCAUUGGACUGCUGUUCCCCGUGCUGUCCGUGGCAUACCUGAUUGCACCCAAGAGCAGGCUGGGACUGUUCAUUAAAAAGCCAUUUAUCAAGUUUAUCUGCCACACUGGCUCCUACCUGACCUUCCUGUUCAUGCUCCUGCUGGCGUCGCAGCACAUCGUCAGGACAGACCUCCACAUGCAGGGGCCACCUCCCACCAUCGUGGAGUGGAUGAUCCUGCCCUGGGUUCUGGGUUUCAUCUGGGGAGAAAUCAAGGAAAUGUGGGAUGGUGGAUUCAAUGAGUACGUGCAUGACUGGUGGAAUCUGAUGGAUUUUGCAAUGAACUCCCUCUAUCUUGCAACUAUCUCCCUUAAAAUUGUUGCCUAUGUCAAGUACAACGGCUCUCGCCCGCGGGAGGAGUGGGAGAUGUGGCACCCGACCCUGAUUGCAGAAGCUCUCUUUGCAAUAUCCAACAUCCUCAGUUCCCUGCGCCUCAUCUCCCUGUUUACAGCCAACUCACACCUGGGACCCCUGCAGAUUUCUCUGGGACGCAUGCUGCUAGACAUCCUCAAAUUCCUUUUUAUCUACUGCCUGGUGCUUCUGGCUUUUGCCAAUGGACUGAACCAGCUUUAUUUUUAUUAUGAGACCAGUGCCUCGGAGGAACCCAACAACUGCAAGGGGAUCCGAUGUGAGAAACAGAACAAUGCCUUCUCCACGCUUUUUGAGACCCUCCAGUCACUCUUCUGGUCUGUGUUUGGGCUGCUGAAUCUCUACGUCACCAACGUGAAAGCCAGACACGAGUUCACAGAGUUUGUUGGGGCCACAAUGUUUGGGACCUACAACGUCAUCUCCCUCGUUGUGCUGCUGAACAUGCUCAUAGCCAUGAUGAACAACUCCUACCAGCUCAUUGCUGACCACGCGGACAUCGAGUGGAAGUUUGCGCGGACGAAGCUCUGGAUGAGUUAUUUUGAUGAAGGCGCCACUCUGCCCCCUCCCUUUAACAUUGUCCCCAGCCCCAAGUCGGUCUGGUACCUCUGCAAGUGGAUCCACAACCAGCUGUGCCCAGGAGAUGACUCUGACAAUGAACAGAAGAGGCACGAAAACCUCAAAACAUUCACAGAACGUCAUGCUGACAACCUGAUUCAGAAUCAACAUUACCAGGAAGUGAUAAGAAAUCUUGUGAAAAGAUACGUCGCUGCAAUGAUAAGAACUUCCAAAACCAACGAAGGUUUAACUGAAGAAAACUUCAAGGAAUUAAAACAGGACAUCUCGAGCUUUCGCUAUGAAGUUCUUGACCUCUUAGGCAACAGGAAGCCCCAGAGGAGAAGUUACUCUACAAGCAGCACAGAGGUGUCCCAAAAGGAGGAGACAAAUGAGGACAAUGCUGGAGAAAAACCCAGAGCCAAGAGCGUGUCCUUCAAUGUAGCCAACAAGAAGAAGGACUUCAACGUGUCUGCCCUGAUUAAAACCAUGUCUGGGAUCAACAUGGUGGAGGAGAAGCCAAAAAGCAACGGGAUCAGCAAGCGCUCGUUCGUGCGCAACGGGAACCGGGUGCAGAGACUCUCCAGCUCCAAGAAGGAAUCCUUCAAGAGGCUGGGCCUGCUCUUCUCCAAGAUGAACGGCCACGUCCCCGAGCCCAGCUCAGAACCCAUGUACACCAUCUCAGACGGGAUCAUCCAGCCACACUACAUGUGGAAAGACAUUAAAUAUUCUCCCAUGGACAGAGAGAGAGAAGAGAAUUGUUCCAAAAGUGAAAUUAACCUCAAUGAGGUGGCCUACAGUGGGAACACGAGACUCACAGGACAGAGCAAGGAGUGCCCUGUGGUUUGUACCAGUUCCCUUCACUGUGCUUCCAGUAUUUGUUCCUCUAACUCCAAACUUAUAGACUCGUCAGAGGAUGUGUUUGAUUCGUGGGGAGAGGCCUGUGACUUGUUUAUAAACCAGUGGAAAGAUGGGCAGGAGGAUCACGUUACCACUCGGCUCUGAGCAAAGCUCUCUUAACUCUCACUGCAAAACUCAGCCAAGUAUUGGUGUGCAAAGCAAAACAAAACCCCCAGGGAGAUCAGCAAUAGAGCUCAAACCACCCACAAUUUCAGAUCUGCUUCAUUCCUCCCAUACAGAAUCCUGCUUUGGGCUGGAAGAGACCCCUGGAGAUCCAGUCCCUCCUCUGUCUCUGACAGCCCCUUCUCCAUCAGUCCCAGCCAUGGGCACACCAGGGCAGCCUGUCCCCAUCCCUGCUCAGCACAGCCUGGUUUGGGGAUUGCUUGGGGGGUUUUUUUCCUUUCCCAUCCCAUUGGAAGCAUGGGCACACCAGGGCAGCCUGUCCCCAUCCCUGCUCAGCACAGCUGGUUUGGGGAUUGCUUGGGGGGUUUUUUUCCUUUCCCAUCCCAUUGGAAGCAUGGGCACAGCAAUGCAGCCUGUCCCCAUCCCUGCUCAGCACAGCCUGGUUUGGGGAUUGCUUGGGGCAUUUUUUUUCCUUUCCCAUCCCAUUGGAAGCAUGGGCACACCAGGGCAGCCUGUCCCCAUCCCCACUCAGCACAGCCUGGUUUGGGGAUUGCUUGGGGCAUUUUUUUCCUUUCCCAUCCCAUUGGAAGCAUGGGUACAGCAGUGCAGCCUGUCCCCAUCCCUGCUCAGCACAGCCUGGUUUGGGGAUUGCUUGGGGCAUUUUUUUCCUUUCCCAUCCCAUUGGAAGCAUGGGUACAGCAGUGCAGCCUGUCCCCAUCCCUGCUCAGCACAGCCUGGUUUGGGGAUUGCUUGGGGCAUUUUUUUCCUUUCCCAUCCCAUUGGAAGCAUUCCCACAUCAGCAGCACCCCUGAGGAUGCUGUGCCCAGGGCUCAGAGGUGCCCCAGGAGGAGCUGACAGAACACUGUGAUACCUUUAGCCAGCAGAGUGAGGCCUUUUGAAUAUAAAUAGCUGUUUUUGAGCAAGGGGGCACUUUUGGGUCUUAGCUAUUUUUCUGGCUAUUGUACAGUUAUUUAAAAACUACUGAAGGUGUUUAUAAGGCAGGUCUGGGAGCUACAGGGCUAAGCAUUUUGAGAAUCAAAAGACAGUAGCAGAUGCUUGAGUAUUCUAUUUUCUAUAUGGGAGCCCUGGAGACCUGGGCUGACGCUGAAGUUUUUUUAGCAAUCAAGUUUUAUUGUCAAAUUAAAUCUUCAUUAAUUAAAAAAAGCAACCACAGAAACAGCCUUCACACCCAAGCAUAUUUUAGAAUGCCAUUUUAUUUCAUGGAAUAAAAAACCAGUGAGGCUUUUUGCCCAUCCUCCCACCCCCUUCUUCUUUAUUUUAGUUUUGCUCAAAAACUCCAAGGCCUUUUCCAGGCAAAAGAGCUUUUACACGUUGUAAGAAUUUUGUGUAUGCAAAGACAGAAUGGGGACCUCAGAAUCUGCCAGUUGAGUGGUAAUAGCCACCCCUGGAGACAAGGGCAAGAGCAAAAAGCAAAAACAGAUGCUUAGUUUUAUGUACUUUUCUACUUGCAUCUCUUCCACCCCUAGUGCAGACUCCAUGUCAGACCCUCGUAUAACCUGUACAAAAUGAAACUAUGUACAUAACAAAUGAAAUUAUUUAUUUUAUGUGUAUUUUUAGCUUAACUGUAAACUGGAAAAAAAAAAAAAAACAAAUAAAAAGCAUUUAAUUUUUUUCCCAAAAAAUGUAAGCCUAUUGAAAAAUCAAGGUGUUUCUACCUUUUCAGAUGUAACAUUUCCAGCUGCCUAUUGAUAAUAAACAUUUAUGAACAGCAA